AUGAGCGGAUCGUGGAAAAAAUAUGUGCUUUGGUUUGCCCAAGAACACGUCGACUUUCGCCAAGCGGAAAUUACUUCACUGUUGCGAAUAUGCAACAUUCAAAUGAAAACUUGCUCGCCAACCCACAAUCCGGAGCGGCCGUUCUGGAUCGUAGAGUUACAAAACGACGAAGCGGCACGAAAGCUGGCUUCUCGGUCGAUGUCGUUACGAUGCAUUUUCGAACUUUGGGCCCACUCGGCCCUCGGACUCAACGCAUUCCACCAGCAGCUCCGUGACCACAUCGCGUUCAAUCGGGCACUACUUGAACAACACUUUCAGGCGGACAAAACCUUCAAGGUAACGGUCGAAACGUACAACAAACGCUUUAGCCAACGGGAAAAGGUGGAGAAAAUCGAAACAAUGAACUACCUGCCCAUCGAGGGUCAGGUUGAUUUGAGGAAUCCCGACGUUCCGUUUUGGUACGUCGAGUAUUGGGGCAUGGAUCCGACGGACGUGCCGGACCAACCGUACGAUGUGCUGUUCGGCCGAUGGAUCGCCGAUGGUAGCCGGGAUAUGAUCAAUGAAAUAUCCUUGAAGAAGAGAAAAUUCAUCGGCAACACGUCAAUGGAUCCGCAACUUUCAUUGCUGAUGGCCAAUCAGGCAUUGGUUCAGAAGGGCGAUCUGGUGCUGGAUCCAUUCGCCGGUUCCGGAUCACUGUUGGUCGCAGCGGCAAAGUUUGGAGCUUACGUGAUCGGAGGCGACAUCGACUACAUGAUCGUGCACGGAAAGUCGAAACCGACACGAGUGAAUCAGAAAGUGCGCGAGAAGGAUGAAAGCAUUUACGCGAACUUGCAGCAGUACGGCUGCGGCGGCCAAUUUGUCGAUGUGCUGAUAGCAGAUUUUUCGCGCAGCAUCUGGACGAACAAUUUCGUUUUCGACAGUAUUAUUACCGAUCCACCGUACGGUAUUCGCGAGGCCACCGAAAGGAUUGAGUUCAAAACGAAACGAAAGACAACGGUUAUGACGGAGGACGCGGUUCAUUAUCCUUCAACCUCGCCGUACCAAUUGUGCCAGAUGUAUCGCGAUCUGCUACAAUUCUCUGCGCAACAUCUGAAGCUCGGCGGGCGUUUGGUAACCUGGUUUCCCACACUGAAGAAAGAUUACAGCGCCGAUCUGCUUCCUCGUCACAAGUGCCUCGUGCUGGUUGCAGACUCCGAGCAACCACUUUCGGGCUACAGCUCCCGUCGGUUGCUUACGUACGAGAAGGUAUCGGAAGACGAGAAUGGUCUGGAUGCGUUCGAAAUGCCCGGAGCGCUGGUCGAAAACUAUCGUGAGCGAUUCUUCACUCAGCUGCUCGAGGAAAACGGCACGCGGAAGGAACGUCGCCUUGCGAUGCGUGAAGUGGGGCGCAGGGAAGCGAUGGAACGAGGGAAGGAGCAGCAACCGGAUGGCAAGUGGCGUUUUCCGGAACGGAAGCCGGACGAGUGA